CAAACCCCACUACUGCCACAGAAAGAGAAGGGAAGGGAAGAAGGCAAUAGAUGUAUGUAUUUAGGAAAGAUCUUUUGAAAUGGUUCAGUAAAUUUAGUAGGAAUUUUGAUGUGAGCAUUAAGAGUUGUCAAUGCAUAAACUUGACUCAAUAAAACAUUUGCUUAAUUCAUUAAUGAACAUGGAGAACUUUUCUUUUGGCCUCUAGGUUCCUGAGCAGCAGCCCAUUACUUUGUGUAGUGGGGUUGAAGAUACAAAGCAUUAUGAGGAGGCCAAGAAAUGUGUAGAAGAAUUAGCAUUGUACCUGAAACCCCUCAGCAGUGCUAGAGGAGUUGGUCUGAAUAGCACUACUCAGAGUGUUCUGAGUCGCCCAAUGCAGAGGAAGCUUGUGACUCUGGUCCACUGCCAACUAGUGGAAGAAGAAGGCAGGAUUCGUGCCAUGAGGGCUGCUCGAUCUUUAGGGGAACGAACAGUUACAGAACUCAUUCUCCAGCACCAGAAUCCUCAACAACUUUCUUCUAAUCUUUGGGCAGCAGUGAGGGCUAGGGGCUGUCAGUUCCUUGGACCAGCAAUGCAGGAGGAAGCACUAAAACUGGUUCUGCUGGCCUUGGAAGACGGUUCUGCUUUGUCACGAAAAGUGUUGGUUCUCUUUGUGGUGCAAAGAUUGGAGCCCCGGUUUCCUCAAGCCUCUAAAACUAGCAUUGGGCAUGUUGUUCAGCUCCUUUAUAGAGCCUCCUGCUUCAAGGUCACCAAACGUGAUGAAGACUCUUCCUUGAUGCAGCUGAAAGAGGAAUUUAGAACCUAUGAAGCUCUGCGACGAGAACAUGAUUCCCAGAUAGUACAGAUUGCUAUGGAAGCGGGCUUAAGAAUUGCACCAGACCAAUGGUCCUCUUUGCUUUAUGGAGACCAGUCUCACAAAUCUCAUAUGCAGUCCAUUAUUGACAAGUUACAGACCCCAGCUUCUUUUGCACAGAGUGUUCAGGAACUAACAAUUGCUCUGCAGCGGACUGGAGAUCCAGCAAACUUGAACCGACUAAGACCCCAUUUGGAGCUAUUAGCAAACAUUGACCCUAGUCCAGAUGCUCCUCCUCCUACUUGGGAACAGCUGGAAAAUGGACUGGUUGCUGUGCGUACAGUGGUACAUGGGCUGGUGGAUUAUAUCCAGAACCACAGCAAAAAAGGAGCAGAUCAACAGCAGCCUCCACAGCAUAGCAAAUAUAAAACAUACAUGUGUCGAGAUAUGAAGCAGAGGGGAGGAUGCCCUCGUGGGGCCAGCUGUACAUUUGCACACUCACAAGAGGAACUGGAAAAGUAAGUAUGGAAAUCAUGAGAC